CUAGCGCCGCGGGGCCGAAGUCCAGCAGGGUUCGAGGGCUGUGUCAGACAGCCCUGCUGCCAUGGCGUCCUAUUUCGAUGAACACGACUGCGAGCCAUUGGAUUCCGAGCAGCAGGCCCGAACCAACAUGCUGCUGGAGCUCGCAAGGUCACUUUUCAAUAGGAUGGACUUUGAAGACUUGGGGUUGGUAGUAGAUUGGGACCACCACUUGCCUCCACCUGCCGCCAAAGCUGUGGUUGAGAACCUUCCGAGGAGAGUCAUCAGGGGCUCUCAGGCCGAGCUCAAGUGCCCCGUGUGUCUUUUGGAAUUUGAGGAGGAGGAGACUGCCAUUGAAAUGCCUUGCCAUCACCUCUUCCAUUCCAACUGCAUCCUACCCUGGCUAAGCAAGACAAAUUCCUGCCCCUUGUGCCGCCAUGAGCUGCCUACUGAUGAUGACACUUACGAGGAACAUAGACGAGAUAAGGCUCGCAAGGAGCAGCAAAAGCACCGACUUGAGAACCUCCACGGAGCCAUGUACACAUGAGGCGCCCCACAUGUACACAUGAGGCGCCUGGGGCUGAGUACCGGUCCUCCAAAUCUUUCUCUUGCACUGCGAAUCCUCAUUAAAGUUUUCUUUACCCACCCUGCACUGCAUUGCUCACAAGCCUGGGCCGGGACCCCUUACCCUCCAUGAGGUCCCUACUGCCGUUGGGGAAGGUGAUCCUGAACCACAGAAAUCACCAGGCUGUGUGUCCCUUCCUGCUGAGUCUACACACUGCUCAGUCUGGCCUGAGAGUAGUGGAGCCCAGGUCAAAAGCAUGGCUACUUUUUUACACAUCAGCCAGGGCUUUGGGCCUAUGUGUUCACUGCUGGAAAGCAAAACGUGUCAGGGUCUGGCAUCCAAUAGCCACUUACAGAUGAUAAGGACAAACUAGCCUACAUCCUCUCCCCUGCAAUUCUUAGUAAACCUUGGAAUCCCAAA